CUUCGGCAUGGAUUCCCAAAGUUUUUUGGAGAUGUUAAUGCUUGAUAGCUGCUUCAUCUUGUUUGCGCUUUCAUUUAAUUAUGGUCUUGCCAAGGUAGUCCCUAUGCUGGUGGGCUUACCCGCUCUACCAUGGGCACAACGUGAUAUAGUGCGGGCAUCGGAGCUUGUCAAGACUGACUUGCUGUUGCUCAACAACCAAAUCCCUUUCUUUAUCCUUGAGGAUGUUUUCAAGAUGAAAAAUGAUAUUUGCCCAAAAGAAAAGAAGCGAAAUGGAGGCAAUGAAGGCAACGGUUCAAUCAGAAAAGAUGCUCUCGAUUUUUUUGAUUUUCUCGAUUUAGGAAGGAACAGUUCGAAAGACCCAGAAAAAGGGAAGGUUGAUCAUCUGCUUGAUUUGUACCACAUGUAUUUGGAGCCACCGGUGCAUCCUGGUGGAAGCUUGCUUGGAGAUAUUCUUCCAUUUAUCGAUCCACCGCGAUCUCUCCCCAGCGCAACGGAGCUCCAACGAAAGUCUGCGGUGAAUUUUAAGGUGAAAGAAAUGGAGCCAGAAAUUGUACUCGACGUAACGACGCGCAAAUCUGGAGAUAUCCAGAUGCCGGCAUUGCGCGUCGAGGACCAUACCAAUAUUCUCCUCCAUAAUCUAAUCAGCUUUGAGCAGCCUCUUGGCACCCUGGACUCGUACGUCACAGCCUACGUCGCAUUCUUGGAUCACAUCGUGCAGAGAGAAGAAGACGUGGAGCUGCUUGAAAAUAGUGGGGUGUUGGAGCACAGAUUGACCAGCUCUGCGGAGGUGGUCGCUCUCUUCAGGCAAUUACAUUAUGUGAUCGAUCAUUAUAAGACGCCGGGUUACUUGGCUAGGGUAUACGAGGAGGUGAAUCGUUGUUGCGACAGCAAGUGGCGCCAAAUGUAUGCCGAUGCGAAGCAACGUUAUUGCUCCAAUGUAUGGCUGAGCAUCUCGUUUGUUGCCGGUAUCGCUCUGUCAGUUCCCACCCUCAUCGAGACCAUCUACGCCAUCAUCGGCUACUAUGAAAAAUUGAAUGGCACCGCUGCUAUCUAG